GCAUAUUGUGCGUGUAAUGGCGCGCAUUGAAUGCCGAAGCGUAGUUUCAUUUUGUGUUUGGCUUUGGCUUUGACUUUAUUGAAGCAUUAUUUCGUACUAAGUAUUGUGAUUUUUGUCAAAUUCCCGAAAAGCAAAUAAAAACCAAAAUGCCGCGCGCCGCCAAACCAAAAGCAGCACCGGCCAAGAAGGCCAAAGGCAAAUUGUAUGCCAUGCCGGAGAAGAUUAAGGAGGGCACAAUUCUAACAGAUCUUGCCAAGGGACAAUGGCGCAUUGGACCCUCCAUUGGCAUUGGCGGCUUUGGUGAGAUUUAUGCCGCUUGUCGCAACGGCGAGAAGAAUUAUGAUGCGGUCGUCAAAUGCGAGCCACAUGGAAAUGGACCUUUGUUUGUGGAGAUGCAUUUCUAUUUGCGCAACGCCAAGUUGGAAGAAAUAAAGCAAUUUCAAAAGCAGCGGAAACUCAAAUCACUAGGCAUGCCCAACAUCCUGGCCAACGGCUCUUCGGACAUCAAUGGCCAAAAGCAUCGCUUUAUUGUAAUGCCGCGUUAUGGCAGCGAUAUCUACAAAUUCUAUGUGCAGAACGGGAAUCGUUUGCCCGAAGCUACCAUCUAUCGCUUGGCACUGCAGAUGCUCGAUGUGUAUCAGUUCAUUCACAACUCUGGCUAUGUGCAUGCUGAUCUCAAGGCUGCCAACAUUUUACUGGGCCAUGGUAAAAAUGAUAAUGGUCAAGCUUAUUUGGUUGACUUCGGACUCGCUUCGCAUUUUGUAACUGGUGAUUUUAAGCCGGAUCCGCGUAAGAUGCACAACGGCACCAUUGAAUAUACAUCAAGGGAUGCACAUUUAGGUGUGCCUACCAGACGCUCAGAUCUGGAGAUAUUGGGCUACAAUCUCAUCGAAUGGAUGGGCGUGGAGCUGCCUUGGGUUAAGCAGAAACUGCUGGCAGUGCCUGUGAAAGUUCAACAGGCCAAGGAAACAUUUAUGAACGAUGUGAAUGCCUCAUUGAAGGCACUUUUUCCCAAAGGCGUUCCAGCUGCCAUUGGAGAUUACAUGAAAUAUGUGGUCAAGUUGACACACAAUGAGCAGCCCGAUUACGAUAAGUGUCGCGAAUGGUUUGCCAAUGCGCUAAAGCAAAUGAAAGUUGCCAAUAGCGGCGAUUUGGAUUUCGCAUUGAAGCCGCAGAGCAAUAACAAUAAUAACAGCCCACCGGUUAAAAAGACGGCAGCUAAACGAAAGAAGGAGGCAGCAGAUGAGGAGUUGGAAGAGAAUGCAGAUCAAACGCCACGUGGGAGACAGGCAGCUAACAAAGCUGGAGCUAAGGCAAAGCCUUCGCCUAAGCUAAAAAAGAAUGCAGCAGCGGAUGACAAUUUAGAAGAAAAUGUAGAUUUUACGCCGCGCGGAAAGGUGGCAGCAAAAAAAGCUCAAACAGCGGCCAAGCCUUCGCCGAAGAUAAAAAAGGAGGCAUCAGUAGUGUCCCUUGAUUCUUCAGAUGAUGUGAUUCUUGACACCGAUGAGGAAGAGGAUGUUGAUUAUACGCCACGUCGCAAAUUGGCAGCCAAUAAAGCAGUUGCAGCAGCUGGCGACUCUUCGUCGCUACAGCGCGGCAGCCCGAAAAAACGCGUUAAACUGGACACCAAUGGGACACCCAAGGCACCAACCCCAGCUCCUGCUGCUGCUUCGAGUGCCAAACUAAAUUUUAGCCCGAUGCCAUCGAUGCGCGGCCGUGCCGGCAAAACGUUGAUCAAUGAUGAUUUAACACCUCAGCCCCGUUCCAACAAAACAUACGAGUUCAACUUUGAACUGGAUGUGAGCAUGGAUGCCAAUGUCAUUGUGAAUGUGAAGCGCAAGAAGAAGGGCGGACAGUCAUCCAGUAAAGUCUCUAAUGGAACGAGCGGAACUCCCUCACGUACCCCAAAUAAAGAUUCGCCCGCAACGCGAGUCAAUCUCCGUAAAGUUACAUCGGAUAUCAGUACGCCCAACUCGGCGUCCCGCAAAAGUCCACGAACUCCUGCGGUUACUGUGCGCAAGUUCAGACAUUGAUUAGUUCUUUUUCAAUUAAUUAAUUGAUAUAUUUUCAUGUUUCAUUUGUAUAGUUUUCAUUGAUAUUUACAAUAAAUUCUUGUCGCUUUUUGAUACAAGUGAAUAAAACUAAA